UAUAUUAUCUUGAUUUUACACACGUAGUCCGGUCCUGGCUACUCAACGUGCACCUUGUUUAAAGUAAGCUGAAAAAGAAAUCGCCUCAAUCGGCGACUCCCGCUGUCCCCUCCGCUAACGGUACAAUAUUGUUCAUUCGUUCUUGGUGCACUCAACCGUGUAGACGUCGAGCUCCGAGUUUUUCGCCGCUUAGGUACUAAGAUGGGCAAAUCGAAAAGAAAGAGAAGUAGAUCUCGUGAUAGAUCUUUAAGCAAGGAGAAUAGGGAGUUGCGACGGAAAUUGAGAAAUCUUGAAAGAGACAGAGACCGUUCUCCGUGGGAGACGCGCUCAGGUAGUGAAACACCCGCAUACCACGUCUCUAGGAGUCGAGAACGUGAAGGCCGACUUUCGCGUAAAGCGGAUUCACGAUUGUUACGCGUGCCCGAUCUUAUUUAUAGUGAAGGUCGCCCUUCAAGUAAGGCGACUUCACUGUUAUCAUUUGAAAAUAGAACCAGAAGUCGCAGUCGCAGCCCCAGCUUGCCUGUUUCUUUACACAGUCGUUACAGACGCACAAGUACAGACAGCCGUCAUCGAAAUGAUGAGGAGUCGGGCCGUUAUCUGCUUGAUACGGCGUCAAUGACCAGGGCAGGACCGGUUCAGGAAGAGGGGCUUGAAAAUAUUAAGGCGGAUGACUCGCCAAUUUUAAUUCUCCAUGAGGACGAGGAAAUUUCCGAAGAGAUAAGGCAUAUUUUGGGACCCGAUCCCAAUAAACAGAAAAAAUGCAAGUUUAAUCUCCAUGUUGCCGUAGAGCCGAUAUGGUCACAUACCUUAGCUUACGGUCUCCCUAAGGAGGAAAACGAUCAACUCUUCGGAAAAUAUGAGUUACCGGAGAAUUGUAAACUGUUAUCUCCACCUAAAAUUAACCCUGAAAUCGGUGCUAGCAUGAACACUCUUCAUUCAGCCAGGGAUGAGACGCAUUUAAAUUACCAAAUACAGCUCGGUAAAGUUUUAGCUUCCCUGGGACACUCAAUAAACGUUAUUUUAGAAGAGGACACGAGCAUCCCGAAACAGGUAAGGGAAAAAAUUUUGGCAAGCACUGCAGACUCUGGACGCAUGUUAUGCAAAAUAAUAAAUGAAAUGUCGAAUAAACGUCGUCAGUUUAUCCUUCCCCUGAUAAACAAACAACUUAAAAACUUGCUGGAAAAUGUUCCACCCGGAGAGUUUUUGUUCGGCUCAGAGUUGAGCGAAAAAAUCCAAACGUUAAAAACCCUGGAAAAAGUGGGAAGAGAUAUACGACCAAUCCAACAGACGAACCAUUCUCGCUCCCAACCCAGCUACUCAGGCGAGUUACUGAGAAGGAGGGGAGGGGGGACAGGUAAACCUCAUACCAUAACAAGUGGCCAUCAGUUAAACAGAGGACGCCCGGCUCAUCAAAGGAGGGAGAUGAAGUCACUAAGGGGGCGACCCUCACACUCACAAAGACCCACAGUUCACCGACGACGCUAGCGGGGAGUCCACCCACUAGCCAACCAGCUUAUCCUGGUGGCCGCCAAACUCUCUGGGAAUCGUUUUCAAGGAGGGGUGUUCCGGAAACAACAAUAGAGACCAUCAUUUCUUCAGUUACCCAAUCCACAAUCACUCAAUAUAGCUCUACCUACCGUUUAUGGUGGAACUUUUGUACCCAAGAAAAAAUUCCAAUAUUUGAAGCAAGAAAUAUAGAUGUCCUUAGAUUCUUACAAAAGGUCACAGACGAACAUAAAUACCAGUACGGCGCUGUGAACUCACACAGAUCUGCUCUGAGUCUCAUUUUGCCAAAUGAUUUAGGAACGGAUCCAUUAGUUAAGAGGUUUAUGAAGGGAAUAUCUCGACUGAGACCAGCGCAACCAAGGUAUACCUAUACAUGGGAUCCGCAAAGGCUAUUUUCAUAUCUGGAAACCCUACCGGAUAAUUUAAAUCUACUACAGCUUUCACAGAAAGUGGUUUCUCUUUUAGCCUUAAUCACGGGAGGUAGGCUUCAAACCAUAUCGCUUAUUAGACUAUCCAAUAUAAGGGAAGAAAUGGAUACAAUUCAAAUCAAUAUAACAGAUCCAAUCAAAACGUCAGGCGUGAACAACGAACAACCCACUUUGCAUAUACCGUCAUUUAAGGAAAAACCAUGCCUUUGUGUAGCGACAACGCUAAAAGCUUAUAUAGCGGCUACAAAAGACAUUCGAAAGAAGGACCAGGAUUUCAUCUUUCUUACGGCUAAAAAACCGCACGCGACUGCUAAAAAGCAAACUUUAAGUAGGUGGGUAAAACAAAUGUUGUCAUCAGCGGGAAUAGAUACAUCGGUAUUUAAACCUCACUCAACGCGACACUCGUCAACGUCGGCCGCUUUGAGACGGGGAGUUUCGCUGGAAACAAUUUGUAGGACAGCCGGAUGGUCUGAGCAUACAGCCACCUUUGCAAAAUUUUAUAAUCGUCGCCUCACCGACAGAACUGAUUUUGCGAAAGCGCUUUUAACCAUGUCUCUAAACAAAGACUGAUAGUUCUAUUUAUUUGGUUACUUACUGUUGCUUCAUUUGUAGAAUAGUAUAAAUUGAAUACUUUUAUUUUACGUUUUCUUAAGGUUUUCAGUAUUGACAUAAAUGUCAAAACUUACGUUGAUUACUUAUUAAACUCUGCAUUAUCAA